AUGGUGAGGGCAACGAGGGCAGAGAGUGAUCUUGGCAGGCCCACUACUGCGACGACGACGACGACGACGACAACGACUGCGACGGCCUCGAUACCAUAUAUCCCUAGUGUUCCCCGAUUAUGGACCGUCGUUCCUGUUUACAACCCCGGUCCCGCGUUAAUAGCUUGGUAUCCUACCGCUUGCCUGGCAUGCCAUAUGAUCGGGAAAGAGGUCAACGCUAGCGAGUUCUUUUCUCCAUUGCUCAAACAUCUGGCGAUCAUAACUGCCAUCUACUCAGCUUGUCGCGCUCUAGAUGCUAUCCUCGAUCCCGAUCCCGAUGAGCUCGAAUACCGCACCUCUUCCCGCGCAAUCAUCCUUGCCUUGGGAUACCCGUGCUGGGCCCUCGCCACCGUAGCGCUGAUCUACUCCCUCCAGUCGCCAUCGGACCUCAUCCUCUGGCUUCCCACAUGGAUCUUCAGCUCGCUGUCCAUCAUCACCAAGCACCUUCCUCUCCUCAAACACGUCUCCGUCUCUCUCGCUACAACAUCCGUACUACUUCCCGCCUGGAGCCUCACCUCUCUCCCCAUCAACGAAAAUCUCUUCCUCCUCGUUGCGUUCACCCUUUUCUGGACGCUCUACGUCUCCAUCCUCCACACCGCCAUGGCCCCUCCCUCCUCCACCUCCUUCUCCCAUUAUAACUACACAUCCACCUCUCCCGUGACCCACGCCUCCAUCACGCUCCUCGCCCUCUUCCAACUCACCACCCUCAGCAUCUUCACGUAUGGUACGGGGCAUUCCCCGCACUUCUGGAUCCUGGGGGUGGGGGGAUGGGCGGUGAACAACGUGUGGCACAUGAGGGAUUUGGGGAGCGUGGAGUGGUUGUGGAACGAGCGGGCCGGGAGGGUGGCGAUAGGGAGGAAUAUUGGGCUGGGUGCGUGGCUUGCGGGGGCGGAGGUUGUAGAGCUCUGGUUGGGUGGUCUUUUGGUUUCUUGA